UGGGGACUCGCCUGCUGAGAGCUUCAGUUACGGAAAGUACCUCGAGGAGACGACGCCACGACGACAAUUCACAGAGGAAUAUAUUUAUAAUCCGUCUCCUUUAGGUUUUUUUUUUCUACUUUCUUGUGGGAUCUAUCGAAAGAGGAUUUACAGACAGAUGGGGACCGCUCGGUUCGCGGUUUUGGGCGUUCUAAUCAUCGUUUUUCAGGCCUCAGCUCCACUGACUGCUGAGGAGACAUCAUGUGUACCUGGAUUCGAGUCGGAUAUGUUGAUUUUCAAAGUGACCAGAAAGUACCUGAGGUCAGGCACGAGACUGGGUAAAGUGGGCGUCACUGACUGCACAGACCGCACAAGAUUUCCUUUGAGCAGUGAUGACAGCCGCUUCAAGGUUCAGACAGACGGCGUAUUAACUGUAAAGAGACAGGUUGUUCUUCAUAAAGGACAACAAGAUUUUAGCAUAUCCUCUUGGGACUCACAAGGUCGCAAAAUGACUGUUCCUGUCAGGGUAGUGCAUGAUGGGCACCACCAUGGGCACCACCAUGGGCACCACCAUGGGGACCACCAUGGGCACCACCAUGGGGACCACUACGGACACCACCAGCAAAAUGUUGAGCGCCACCAUGGGCACCAACACAGGGACCACCAGCAAAAUGUUGAGCACCACCAUGGGCAAAACCACGUUAAUAACACAGAGAGUGCAACCGAUACACAGGUGUCUAUUCUGCGUUUCCCCAAGUCUGGUGGAGGGCUGAGGCGGAGGAAGAGAGAUUGGGUUAUUCCUGACCUCUCUGUUGUUGAGAAUGACAGAGGACCCUAUCCCCUCAAAGUGUCUCAGAUCCGCUCCAACGAAGAUAAAAUAAAGAAGAUCUUUUACAGCAUCACUGGUCCAGGAGCUGAUCAACCUCCAGCUGGUCUUUUUACUAUGGACAGAACAACUGGAAUUCUGUAUCUCACACAACCACUUGACAGAGAGAAACAAGAUAAAUAUACGUUUCUCGCACAUGCUGUGGCAGAAGGUGCAGGAACAGCUGAGGACCCUAUGGAUAUUGUUGUCAAUGUAAUUGACCAGAAUGACAACAAGCCUGCUUUUGCUAAAGACACCUUUGUGGGAGAAGUUGCUGAGGCCUCAAAAAUAGGUUUUGAGGUGAUUAAAGUUGAGGCCACAGAUCUCGACCAGCCCAAUACUGACAACUCGGAUAUCCGCUACCGUAUAAUGAGCCAGGAGCCACAGUUGCCCAGUGCCUCCCUGUUUGUCAUCAACCCGGUCACUGGAGUCAUCAGAGUGAAUUCUGGGGGGCUAGACAGAGAGAAAUAUCCACAGUACACUCUGGUGGUACAAGCAGCAGACAUGGUAGGAGAAGGAUUGACUGGACAAGCAAAAGUCAUCCUUAAAGUGACAGAUAGCAAUGACAACGCUCCAGUCUUCACUCAGCCCGCUUAUGAGGCAACAGUUGAAGAAAACAAAGUAGACGCUUUGAUUGUAAAAAUGUCAGUAACUGAUGGCGACGAGCCCCAUUCCCCAGCCUGGAAUGCCAAGUUCAAGAUUGUUGAUGGUGAUCCUGAAGGCCUUUUUACAGUGGAAACGGCAAUAAACAAACAAGAGGGAAUCAUUUCUACUGCCAAGGGUCUUGACUUUGAGAAGACCAGCAAGCACACUCUGUUGGUUACAGUGGAGAAUGAGAUUCCUUUUGCUAUCUCGCUGCCUACUUCCACCGCCACAGUGGUGGUAAAUGUGGAGGAUGUUAAUGAAGCUCCAGUCUUUGAUCCAAAAGAGAAGCCUGUCUCAAAACCAGAGGACCUUGCUGUCGACAGUGAAGUGGUGCAAUACAAGGCUUUUGAUCCAGACACUGCACGCAAACAGAAAGUCAUGUAUAAAAUAAUUAGUGACCCUGCGGGCUGGCUGAAUGUGGCCAAGGAGACGGGCCUGAUCACAGUGAAAAGCCUCAUGGACAGAGAGUCCCACUUUAUUAAGGACAACAAAUACACAGCACUCAUUGGUGCAUAUGAUGACGAUGAAGUCCCAGCCACAGGAACUGGUACUCUGAUGAUUCAGCUUGAAGAUGUCAAUGACAAUGCACCCACCAUUAUAGAACGUGAAUUUCAGGUGUGUAACAAGGAACCAGCUCCUCAGCUGCUGGCUGUAACAGAUAAAGAUGGACCAGGCUUUGCUGCUCCGUACAGGGUCUCUCUGGACGACGCCAUGUCGAAGGCCAACUGGACUGCAAGGAUGAACGAGACCAAAACAGGCAUCAUCCUGAAUUUAGCCAAACAUCUGGAGAGUGGACACUACAAUGUGGUCCUGAGGGUUUUAGACAACCAGGGUAUGUGGCAGAUCAACACGGUCCAUGCAGAAGUGUGCGAGUGCACUGGAGCUCAAACGAUGUGUCAAGGAGGCCGUAUUGCAGGUGGCGCCAACCUGCCUGCCAUCCUAGGAAUACUUGGAGGCAUCCUGUUGCUGCUGAUGCUGGCAUUGCUACUGCUGCUAUUUGCAAGACGAAGGAGAGGAGAGAAGAAGGAGCCUCUACUGCAAGACGAUGACAUAAGGGACAAUAUCUAUUACUAUGAUGAAGAGGGAGGUGGAGAGGAUGAUCAGGACUAUGAUCUGAGUGUUCUCCACCGUGGUCUGGACAACCGACCCGACGUGUUCAGGAACGACGUGGUGCCAAAUUUCAUGCCUGCUCCUCAGUACCGGCCUCGCCCCGCCAACCCAGACGAGAUCGGCAACUUCAUCGACGAUAACCUGAAGGCAGCAGACAAUGACCCGACAGCACCCCCUUAUGACUCCUUGCUGGUGUUUGACUAUGAGGGAGGCGGUUCUGACGCAGGAAGCCUCUCCUCUCUGAACUCGUCAAGCAGCGGGGACCAAGACUACGACUGCCUCAACGAAUGGGGGCCCCGCUUCAAGAAACUGGCUGACAUGUACGGAGGUGGAGAAGACGACAUGCUGUAAACAUACCAAAGAAUGAACCGUCAUAGCUGAACGGUGGAUGCACGUAUGGCUGAGUGUGUGUUAGUUCAUGAAUGUGUCACAGGGAAACUACUCAGUCUGCUAACAUGCUAGUUGCCACGUUGCUAUGCUGCUGGUUUUUUUUAGUGUGGACUGUGGUUUGCCUUUUCAGUGCAGUCCCAUUAAUGGUUAACAGCCCCUGCUCAGAGGCCAAAGUAUGAGUUUAUUUUUUAUACAUGAGUUCCCCAUUUUCAAUGGGUAAGCUCUGUGUGCCUGUCUUUGUCUGUUUUAGAUCUUAGGCUAAAGACUAAAAACUACUUCUUGUUUGUUUUCUGUUCACUGAGUUCUUAAGCCACAGUGUAGAUUCUUUAACCAGUGUUGCAGCUUCCACAAUGACACUGGAUACAUGCACACAGAGGCUUACAGUUGCACUGGAAACUUUUGUCUAAUACUGGCAGAAUAUGAAUUGCAUUUUCUUCUUUUCGUUUUGUUUGUUUGUGGAGUUUGUACUACUGUUUUGUAUUUGUUUAAGGGCUUUAAUUAGAAGUGAUCAGUGAUCUAGGUAGCCAACCAAUGCUACAUCACCCUCAGUGCUCAGUUAAAUACUUUUUAAAAAUGUUUAGUAAGAAGUUAUUCAGUUGAUGUUGUCUUUUUUUACACUGCAUUGUCAAAAAUACUCUUGCAGUUACCUCCAAAGGAACUUUAUUAUUAAUGCUUUGAUAAAUCUGAUUUUUUUAAUAAAGAUAUAAUACAAUGA